AAGUGAUCAACCUCUCCUUCAACCACUCUCUAUGUCACCCACAUAUUUAUAUCUUCGAGCACACGUAUGUGAGAUGACAUACACGCGUUGAGCUAGCUAGCAUCCAUAGAUGAUACAGGUCGCAAAAGGCAGCACCCAUAUAGAACCAUCGUUGCAGCUUGCCCAGCAGAGUUUGCAUUCGGACCAGUCGCCGGAGAAGCUCAGCGGAGCCGAUGGAGGAGGACUACGUGUUCAAGGUGGUGGUGAUCGGCGACUCGGGGGUGGGGAAGACGCAGCUGCUGGGGCGCUUCACCCGCGACGAGUUCCACCUCGACUCCAAGUCCACCAUCGGCAUCGAGUUCCAGACGCGCACCGUCGUCAUCGCGCGGCGGCGCGUCAAGGCCCAGAUCUGGGACACGGCGGGGCAGGAGCGGUACAGGGCGGUCACCAGCGCCUACUACCGGGGCGCGCUGGGCGCCAUGCUCGUCUACGACGUCACGCGGCGGGCCACCUUCCAGCACGUCGCGCGGUGGGUCGCCGAGCUCCGCGCGCACGCCGACAAGUCCAUCGUCGUUGUGCUCGUCGGCAACAAGGCCGACCUCGCCGCGCUGCCGGGACGCCGCGAGGUGGAGGUUGAAGAGGCGGAGGCUUUUGCAGAGGAGCAGGGGCUCUUCUUCUUCGAGGCGUCCGCGCUCAGCGGGGACAACGUCGAGGCCGCGUUCAUGGGUCUGCUCGGGGAGAUACACGCCACCGUAUCCAGGAAACGGCUGGAGGUGGAGGACAAGGUGGGGAGAAGCGGCGGUGACGGUGGGGCCGCCGACGUGCUGGUGCUCAAGGGGCUGUCGCUGUCUCAGGAGCUGUCCAUGAUGGAAACCAGCGCCAUGAAGACACCAAGCAGGUGUUCUUCAUGCUCCUGAUACGAUUUACCUCAUGUCUGACGGAUUGAACAAUUCUUAGACUGAGUAGACAAGCUGUCACUCAUUACGGUGCUUUCUCUUCUUUUCUUUCGUCCAGCAAAGAAAUAGAUUGUUUUCUCUUGGUGAGAAAAAAGAUCUCAGCAGAGAUAUAACAGGUGUAAAUUAUACUGUGAUUUAGUAACAUGAAUGUGAAGAAACAA